CACUUUGUCAACGAAAGCAUGCAAAUCAGAAAUUGCCUGCUACAUCAUCUACCCAUAUUUUCAAAAUUUUCAUUUUCCUAUUACCAAAUUGCCGUGCACUUUACACAGGAUUCUGACAAUAAAACCAUGUCUUUUCCUUCAAUCGAACUUGAGACCCGACAAAGCAAACAGCGGGUCACGAGGGCGGCAAAGACGAAUGAAGUCAAUUCCAACGCCCCUAUAUUCUUGCGGAAAACGUUCACUAUGAUCGAUAGUUGCGAUCCCUACGUUGCGGCAUGGAGCGACGAUGGAUACACUUUUGUGGUCAAAGACACUGAGAAGUUUGCUUCGGAGGUCAUCCCGGAGUUUUUCAAGCACAAUAACUUCUCAUCAUUUGUUCGCCAGCUCAAUUUCUACGGUUUCCGAAAAAUCAAGUCUGAUCCCCUUCGCAUAAAGGAUGCCGAAACAAAUGAGGAAUCGAGGUUCUGGAAGUUCCGUCACGAAAAGUUCCAGCGAGGGCGUCCCGACCUUCUCGGAGAAAUUCGGAAGUCGAAUCAUAAUGAAUCUGCGGAUAAACGUGAAGUGGAACACCUCAAGAACGAGGUUGACCAUCUUAGGAGCAAACUUGCCACAAUGUCCAGUGACCUGGAGCAGCUCACGGGUGUUGUGGGUACACUUAUGAAAAACUGUCAACUACAUGAUAUUGACUCGAAGAAGCGCAAGAUUACGCAAGGCCCUGAUCCAGUCCUUAGUUGGCAUAAAAUGGAACACGGCACUCCCGACCUUUCUUCCUUGGAACCAAUGCCCGUGGGUUCCCUGUCAUAUGAAGCUGCACUUUUCGAGGAUCUCGCAAAGGAUCCCACGAUCGAUCCGUUUGCCAGUGCCAUACAUAAUUCUGAACAAUGCGAAUACUUUCCUCGUUCGGUUUCCUUGGAGGGACACGAGUCACAGGACGAUGAGGCGAUGGCUUCUCUUCUUGCUCUCGACCCAGUUGACGAAAUUAAAAUCUUACAGAAUCCUGAUAGUUCGGGUAUCGGGGUGGAGUUAUCUGAAGCUAUCAAGCCGGCUGCAACAGGAACUGACCCACAUCUUAUUGAGAAGCUUCAAAUAUCCCUGGGAAAUCUACCGAAGGAUAUGCAAGAGCUGUUUGUCGACCGCGUGGUUUCCUUUGCAGCAAAUCCGGAAUGCUUCCAGCGGCAGAUCGACGCAAUGACCUCGUUGGCUACUUCUGCGGCCGACGAAGCCCAACGGCGCUUAAUUGCCGCAGGGAAGAGCCCGAGCGACCCCAAGUGUGUUCCUUUGGCUUCAGCAGUAUUGGGGGCUUACCUUACUCGAUUUGCGACGCUUCCUGCGUCCGAUCUGCAGUCUAUGGAAGCCUCCAGCCAUGUGCCGUGCUCGGGUUCUCCUUUCACACACAUUUGA